CAUCGCCACCACCAUGGAGGCGGAUCUACGGGUUCUACUGGUCAUUUGGAUACUGUCCACCAUGGGAGCAUCACCAGAACUCGCGUCUGAAGUAACAGUUCCUUUAGUCCCAGUUGAUGCAGUUGAAGGCAGAACCGUAAAAUUUCCAUGUGAUGUAUCUUCUGAUAAUCCAGCUGAUAAAGUUUAUAUGGUGUUUUGGUUCAAAGAUGACUCAGGUGUACCACUAUACAGUUUUGACGUAAGAGGUAUGGCGUUGGACCAAGCACGCCAUUAUUCGUCACCCGACGUUUUCGGCAGUCGUGCGACUUUUAAGACAGUCACAGAUCCUGCGUGUCUAUUUGUGGAUGAAGUACACCGGAACGAUGAAGGCGUGUAUAGAUGUCGUGUAGAUUUCCGGAACUCUGCCACCAAAAGCUUCCGGUACAAUUUGUCUGUUAUUGUUCCUCCGGAACAUCCGGUUGUGUUUGACAGGUGGGGAAGGUCGCUGAACGUUACGGUUGGUCCGUUAACCGAGGGUGACGACGUGGCUCUCAUUUGUCGGGUCAUCGGUGGAAAUCCUCCACCACGGGUAUUGUGGCUCAAGAAUGAUAAAGUAGUUGACGAAAAGUGUGAACACAAUGAUGGUGACGUGAUCGAAAACAGGUUGCAUUGGCCGGCUGUCAGCCGUAACGAUUUCAACUCGGUAUUCACAUGUCAGGCUGCCAAUACCAAGCUCAUGGAUCCGCGACAAGCAUCCGUCAUGUUGGACCUCAGAUUGGCACCGCUUACAGUAACAUUUUCUGUCGUGGAUGAAAUCCUGGUAGCUGAUCGGAGAUAUGAUGUACUUUGCCAUUCGGCUGGAUCAAGACCACCGGCGUCAAUCACUUGGUAUAGAAAUGAUAAAAAACUCCCAAAAAUGAAGCAAGACGAUGUCAAAGAGAACGUUACGACCAGUGAGAUGACGUUCGUGCCUUCGACGGACGACAACGGGAAGUCGAUCACCUGCCGAGCGGAAAAUCCGCAAGUACCUUCCAUGUUCCUCGAAGCCGAUUGGAUACUGAAAGUUGUCUUUGCUCCGAUCGUUUCGCUGCGCUUGGGCAACUCGAUCGACCCGAACGGCAUCAAAGAGGGUGACGACGUGUACUUCGACUGUCACGUGAAAGCCAACCCGCCGUCCACGAAGCUCACGUGGUACCACAACGGACUUACGUUGAGUUUGAACUCAUCGGCAAGAACAAUGAAAAGCGAUAACAACUUGGUUUUGCAGAAAGUGACACGAAGUGUGGCAGGCAGAUAUGCUUGUCGAGCAACGAACUCCGAAGGGGAAUCAUUUAGCAAUGAACUCAGUCUGCGCAUCAAAUACGCACCGGGCUGCAAGACGGACCGGGUGAUGGUGAUUGGCGCUUCUCGAGGCGAGAGCAUGGACGUGCUGUGUGAGGUGGAUGCCGACCCGCCGGCCAAAGGGUUCCGGUGGAAGUUCAACAACUCUGGCGAGACGAUCGACAUCGGUAACGAACGUUUCGUCUCCAACGGUACGGCCAGCGUACUGCGGUAUACGCCCGUGGCCGAUCUGGACUACGGUACGUUGUCUUGCUGGGCCGUCAAUGGAGUCGGCCACCAAUCCGUGCCGUGCUUGUUCCAGAUGGUGGCCGCCGGUAAACCACAGUCGGUACACAACUGUACGGUGCACAACGACACGGACGGUGCGGUGGACGUGCAGUGUGAACCGGGCUACGACGGUGGCCUGUCUCAGGUGUUCGUGCUGGAAGUAUUCGCCGAGGACCUGGACAACCGGGACGACGGCCAGGUGUUGUACCGGAACAUGACGGACCGGACGGCGCCGAGGUUCUCGCUGGGAAAAGUCGCGUUGGGUGUGCUGUACACGGCUCGCAUGUACGCAGCCAACUCCAAGGGCAAGGCCACGCCCGUCACUCUGCCCAGAUUUUCGUUUCCUAGCUCCGAGAACCAAAUGGGAUUUGGCGUCGAAGUAUUAAAAGUGUCUCCGGUGCUGAUAGCGACCUUGAGUUUUUGCCUGUUACUUAUCAUACUUGCAGCAAUUGUCGUUAUGCGGUUGAAGAACUCCAACAACAGAAAACGUAAUGGUAGACAGAUUAACGGACAAGCUGGUGACAAACAGGUGAUAGUUCAUCAGCGGAGCAACGGACAAGUGUCCACGGCCAUAUUAGAAACAGAUACCGACCCUGACUUGAUCCAAGUGAAAUAUGACCCGUCGGACCCGCUAAAACUGCGCAACGGUGGCGUGCAGUUCCCCAACGAUCCACGGAACUCGUCCGCCGGAUGGAUCACUGGCGGCCAAUCCUCAUCGUCGCCAUCGUCGUCGUCCUCACCAUCGGCGGCCGACACGUUACGCAGAGGUACAACGGCCGUCCUUCCAUCAUCGUCCACCGAGCGGCCUCUGGCUGACGGCCACCGCGUUUGGGACGACGUCGGUGUGCUGCGGCCGUUCAGCUACACGCAGCCGCAGCAGCAGCCGCCACCGCAACUCCUGUCCCGGCUCCAGGACCCAUCCGAGCUAAACGGGGCGGCCAUCAAGGAGAAACUCAUGAUGUCCAGCAGUCACAUACCCGAGAGCUGCGUGUGAACGGGCCGAGCGCGUGCCGUACGAAAGGAACCCUUUCCCGGUGACCGUCUUUCGGAGUCACCCGAGUGGACACGAAACAAACACGUUCCCGUUCCCAGAACCACCACUGACGCACGGCCGCCCCCUGCCGAAUCGCGGUCGAAGGGACAGGUCGACGGUUAAUAAACACCUCCGCGUUCGCCGACAUUUCAACGGCCACGGCGAUUGGGCAAAUAUAAUAAAGCAAUUCUAGAGGACCUACGAACGGGCGUCGCGCGCGUCUUCCAGCAGAAAAUCACCUGAUCGUCCGCGCGAAAACCACUUGGAUAAAAAAAAAAAAAAUUCGUUCGACAACAAUGUCCACAAAUAGUAAUAUGAUGUUGUUUCCCCGGUCGAUCGAUACAUUUUGUUCAUUGUCGAACACAUAUUUUCUUGAUGUGCACGUGUUCACUCGUUACAUAUCCCUUAUUAUUGUACAGAUACUAUAUACAUAUAUAUAUAUAUAUAUCGACCAGAAACGUCAACUAGUCUACGCGUGAAAACAUGCGUGGUAUAACCUAUACGGCGACCAUAACAUAGUAUAAAACACUUGUAAACAAUAGAAAUCAGAAAACAUUUCGCGUCAUCACUAUCGUCUUACCGUGAUACUUUUUUUUUCCCUAAAAACCCCGAACGAAAUUAAGCCAAUGGUGUAUACAAGUAUGUUACGAGGAUUUACUGUAAUUGGAAUAUUUAUUAUUGUCUAGAAAACAUUACGUAAUGUAAAUCUAUUAUCUUAAAUUAAUUUUACGAGUAUUAUGCUAUUUAUAUAAUAAUGGACUAUCUGUCAUUAUAUAUUUAGAUAAUAUUUAAAACCUAUCAACUCUCAACACAUAUCAGAUUUUAUAGCGCCCGAAGUAGUACUUUCAACGAGUUUCAAACAGCAAAAAAAACAUUUUCGUUUCAAACAUUUUUUUUUAGAAUAUUAUGAACUAGAAACAAAAAUUUCUUAUAUCUAUCGUCAUUAUCUAUUAUAAUAACGAUACGCAACCACCAAGGGCGAUUAGACUAGUAAUGCUUGUCACUAACAAAUAAAUUAACAAAUAGUAAAUAAUGAUAAAAACUAAUUUUUAUUAAAAAAUCCAUAAAUUAUAACAUACUGAUAUGUUCUUUAGUGUCAUGUUCAAAAUUCCCAUAGGCCGGAUUCGGACUACAAAAUGUUUGCCACUACUCCAACCUGACUUUUACUCCUAUAAAAUCAUUAUUAUUAUUAUUAUUAUUAUUGUUAUUGUUGUUGUUGUUGUUGUUAAAUAUUUGUUGCUGGUUUAUAAUACUCUCUCAACGUCGAGUACAUUAGAAAGGUAAUUUUUGCUUCCAGACGUAACGGUACAUCCUUUUAUUAUAAAUUAUUAUCUAGUUGUAUAGUAUAUUAUAACACUAACCUAACCUAUUCGUGUAUUAUAAUAUAAUUAUUAUGAUGUAAUAUAAUAUAAAUAAAUGUAAUAAGGCUAAUACACUGACCUAGACUAAUGAUCGACCUAUGUUUGUGUAGUAUAAAUAAAUUUAUAAAUAAAAAGCUUGGUCUUUCCCUCAUAUCAUAUGUAUAACCAUCGUUUUCCUAGCGCGUAUUUGUAUUUCAUAUAUAUAUUUAUAAUCAUGUUGUUCCUUCUCAUAGUUUUCGUUACUAUAUUAUACUGUAUACAUAUAAGAUUAUAUAUAUAUAUAUAGGUUGAAUUGUAAAUAUGAUUUCUAUCAUUUUGAGUGAAAAAGAGAGAGGGAUGAAAACAAUGUUUACUGUACCUAUAUAUAUGUAUUUAUAUAUAUUUAAAUUUAGUAUAUAUUCUUGUUUUAUAUAAGAUUAUUAUGUAUGUG